GAGUCGGUGCCACAGGAAAAAAAGGAGCCACUCAACUGUUUGAUGGCCAAGGGUCUCUGUGACCAGAACCCAAAGUGUUCCGCCCUUCUUAAGGUCAUCCCCAUACUCUGUGGCCCAGAGCUAGUGGCGUGCUCGACGGUGACAGUCUCACGGUGCCAAGUGGCACUGAGAACACUGGUGCUCUUCCCCUGGUUCCUGCCCACCUGUCUCUGCCGGGAGCCAAGGCUCGACCCACUCUGCAACGCCUUCAGGGACCUGCUCUUCGACCACCCCUGCAACAGGAAAGAUGUGGCAAUCGAUCUACUGCCGCACAUUCCCGCUUGCGACCGUGCAGCCGACCUCUGCCGCGACGACCCCUGGUGCAAGCCACGGCUCGACCACUUCCGCAACGCCUGCAAGUUUCGUGACGGACACUGCCGCAAUCGUGACAGGUGUGACGUGUUUACGUGAUACGUGCAUGUUCUGGGUUAAUUAAACUUGUGUUAUAUGUAGCAUGUUAGUUCCCUACUAGAUGGAUAUGACUAGAUGUAAUGUUGUGGUCAAGUAAUCAGCUGAUUUAUGUUUACAAACAUGCUUCAAGUGUCAGCUGAUAGUGAGGUGAGUGUGUAUUGUUAUUAAAAUUUAAAUGAUUCCGAUUUUGUAAUUUUGCUGAUGCCACAUAAUACUCUUAUUGCAAUUGCUUUAUCUCUGAUAAUAGCAUUAAUUUCUAAUUUUUCUGUAGUCUCCCUAAUAUGGAUCACCUUGUUCCUUUAUUUAUCUAUGUCUAUUUAUUUUUCUCCUUUUUCUAUAAUUUUAUUUCAAAAUAUAUCAGCCUAAGUGCUAUGGCGAGAAAACGAUUAACAAUGUCGAAUGGUA